UCCUACUCCUACCACCCCCACCCCCACAACCACUACUCCUACUCCUACCACCCCCACCCCCACAACCACUACUCCUACUCCUACCACCCCCACAACCACUACUCCUACUCCUACCACCCCCACCCCCACAACCACUACUCCUACUCCUACCACCCCCACAACCACUACUCCUACUCCUACCACCCCCACAACCACUACUCCUACUCCUACCACCCCCACAACCACUACUCCUACUCCUACCACCCCCACCCCCACAACCACUACUCCUACUCCUACCACCCCCCACAACCACUACUCCUACUCCUACCACCCCCACAACCACUACUCCUACCCCUACCACCACCACAACCCAAGCUUCUAUCCAGCUGGAGAUAAGUGAGACAAAUAUUUUGCUGGAGACUACAGAAGAUGACCUGUUUGUUGAGCUGAAAGGCACUCCCAGCUUAAAACUAAAUGAUGUCACCUUUAAGGUUUCUCAAGCUGAAAAGGUUACAGAAGAGAAUGCUAUUGUGCUCAAUGGUAGCCUGAAUGCAGAGGGAAUGUUCCUUAUAGACAAGACACAUUUUCUCAACACAUCAAAGAUCCUUCUGAUGAAAUCAGUUUUAAUUACCUUGUGGGUUGAGAAUAAAAAACUGGACUCAUUAUUUUUGUCAUUAUCUGGUGAAAAUAACACAGAACUCAGUCAAACAUCCACAGUUUUUGUAGACCCAAAGAAUUCUGUUCCAAUUAAAGAAAAGCUGUCCUUUUCAAGAUGUAGCCAAUUGACAUCAAGGAGUUUUAUUUUGACCAAAGAAACAAAGAAUAAAGAUAACUACUGCCCUUUCAAUGUGACGAAGGCUCUGGAAAUGAAACUAAAAGCCAAGGAGCCUGGAUGUUUAAAGGGAACAAUAGAAAAGAUUAAUUCUUCCUUAAAUGAUCAAAUCAUCCAAUUGGUUGACUCUAAAAAUGUACAGUUUAGUUCCUGGUUCAUUGUUACUGAUCUGUUUGCUCAUGUGGGUUGUGUUGAAAACACAAAUGAAAUAUCAGCCAAGUUCCUGUUUCAAGCUAAUUUUCAAGAACUUCUAACUGCAGUAGUCAAGGAAUACCAGAACCAAAUUUCUACCAACACUCAUGUACCAUUUUUACAAUUAUCAGGCUACAGUUGGAUUUUAAAUAAAUGCACUGAAAAGUGUACCUCCCCAGUUGAACCACCUAAUACAGAUGAUGACCAUAUACGGCUAACAGUUGCAGUUGUUGUAUCCUGUGUUGGUGUCUUCCUGCUAGUUUUGAUAUUUGUCAUUAUAUAUCUGAAAAACAAAAGGCGGGGCAUUAUGCAAUUCCAUAUGACAAGACUUGAUGAUGAAGAUGAUUUGAUUGGUGAUAUGGAUGAUUUUGUUGGAAAUCAGGGACCCACAUUUAAAAAUUAUAGAUGAUUGUAUUUGUAGAGUAACAUUUCCUUGUUAACUUGUUACAGAUGUGUUAUGUGGCAUGAAAAAAUGGUUACAUGAGUGUUAAGAUGAUAAACUGUUGCAAAUUGUUGUGUUCAUUUAUGCUUAAAGGUUGUGGUGAACUAUUCACAUUCUAUUUAAAAAUAUUUAUUCUUUACCAAUUUAGCAUAAUGUUAAUAGUGUAACAAGUUGUUUUUAAAACUAAAUACAUGUGAUUUCUAACAAGACAUAUCAAACAAUUAUUACAUUUGUUAAGUGUCCAGUGGGAAUAAGAAAUUUUAGCACCCUCAAGUUUUGUUACCACAUGGGCUUCCAUAAAUGUCUUAUUGGUGUGUAGUUAAAGGCUUUUUACUUACUAUUUUUCAUAAAGAGUCGAGAUUGCAUGCAGUCAUACAAUUUUUAAAAAAUUUAAGAUGCUGUAGACCAAACUUUUUACUGUUAUUUGUGGCUGUCUAGCUAUCAAGGAUUAUAUGGGUUCGGGUAAAUUCGGCUAAUCAAAGUGACUUCAUAUUACUUUUACUCAACUUUAUGCUGCAUGUGUUUCUAUAACAAACAGCAUUUCUCCCUCUUGUGGUCACGAUGACUGUUAGCCAUACACACCUGACCAAGCGAGAGCAUUUACACUCUGUUAUUUAAAUAUCUAAUUUGGCACAAAAUAAUGAUGUAGGCCUACUAUGAUUUAGUCACAAUUGUUUGAAAUGUUUAAAAAUAAACUUGAAAUACCAUGAAUUGUAUUAGAAGAUUGCAGCGGUCACUGUCCCAUCCCUUCUUUCUUGUAAAAAAAAAAAAAGAAAUUUUUUUUCUUAGGCGGGUGGGUAUACAGCUACAUUUCUUAUACAUUUGCCAUGAGAACUGCUGAUUUAAUCUAUAAUCUAAAUUUUAUAUGCAUUGUUAAAAUUAUCAAAUGUAAAUAAUUUGUGGUUUAAUUCAGCAUUUUGAGUAAUAUUUUGACUGUCACUUGCUGGUUGUUAAAUAUUGUAGCUGAAUUUUUACCCAUUUCCAAUAGUGCAAUUUCUUUCAAAAAGUAAAAUAACUACAUAGUUGUAUAACUUUUUUACCUGUCUAUUGAGGGAGCAUAUAAUACUUAUUUUAAGUUAAUAUAUUGCAAGCUACUGAUUAGGUUUUAAGCAAAUAUUUUUAGUCAGGAGGAUGUGCCCUUGCCUUAAUUGAUCAAGGUAGAAACAAAUUAUCUUUCAAACACAAAAUGUUAUCAAUAAAAAAUUUUAUGCUCUAAAAUUAAGAAAAUAGCUUUUUCUUCAAUAAAAGCACUAAAUUAGUCAAGAAAAUUUCUCAAUAAUUUUAUGCACCAAAAUUUAUGCUAUUUAUAAAAUUGUUUUAUAUAUAUUUUCACAAAACCUUGUGAUUUUAAUUUUAUAAAGGUUCUAUUAUUUUAAUAACUUUUUUUGUAAAGAAAUUCAGCCAUUUACAGUGAGUUCUGUUUAAACACACUGUUGUUAAACAUUCAGAUUCUAGUAAAUUAUAGGCUUCUCAUUUGAAGGAAAUUAUUUGGUAAAAUUCCACUUUGUUUCUCAUUUCUUCAUUUGACUUUAAACAUUUUCAUAAAUAGUAUUGGUUUUUUUUUUUUGCUAUUUACAUUUGGUUUUGUACAAUGUUUUAAAAGUAUAUUUUCAAUGAAAGUGUUAAAUUAUCAAAGACAAUGUAAUUUUUUUUUUAGAUUUACCUUUUUAUAACAUUCCAGUGAUCAAAUCUUUUUAUGUACAAGUAAUUCAUUCCAAUUGUAAUAUAAUCUAUUAAAUUUAUUCUCACCCACUGUAGAGUACGGCUUUUAAAAUGAAAUUUACUUAAACAAGGUUGUAUGUGCUAUUCAGUCAUGUUAAAAAAAAAAAAUUAUUAUACACAAAAUGCUGGU